GUCAGAAGGCACAAUGGUGCUGUUGUUUGAUCAAACACCUUCCCCAUCACAGGACACAGCAGCACACAUCGGUACAGAGACAGAGAGAUGAGCAACACAUCGGAAGAUCUCCUGAUCAUCUAUGAGUCAGAGGCAGAGCAGUGGGCAUCGUACCUGCGCUUCCACCUGACAGGCCCCAUUCCUGAGACUGGCAUCUGUUGUUAUGAUAUUGCUAUGGUGACCAGUCGCCAGGAUGACUUACUGAGACUGGGAAAGUACAAAUGUAAGCUGCUUAUCCUGUCGCGUGGCAUGCUGGAGGGGCUAUGCCAGCUCCGGCGGUUCUUUCUGGCUCGUGUAUUGCGACCGGAGACCCGUGUCAUAAUUCUCCUGUGUGGGGUGGAGAGCCUGAAUCCUCUGCUGGAGCUGGUCCCACUGAAGGGGGAGGAGUGCCUCCAGAUCUCCAGCGAGCAGGAGCCCAGGGAUUAUCAACUGGCUGUGGCAGAGAUUGUACGCAAAGGUGGACAGGCAGCAGCAGCGGAUGGAAAAUCAGUCCAGGAGCUGAAAGUAGAGAAGAAAUUGUCAGGUGGUGCUCUUGUCGCUAAUCAGACUUUAUUGGUCCUACCCAGCCGUGUAUCAUGUGAGAAUCCAGGGGAGAUAUUCAUUCUUCUGCAGGAGGUCAUGGCCAGCAAAGAUGCAGAGGUGGAGUUCAGUGGGAACAAGCAGCGAGUGAGAGUGAAGCCUGUGAAUUGGAAUGGAAGCACACUGAGUGUCACUGCACCUGUUUUUACUGCUGGAGACGUGCUUGUGACACUUUACAGUAAAGGCCUGGUUAAAGGCAAUGCCUGCUUACAGUACUACACCAACCUGGGGGAUGUUGCCCAAUUUCUCCAGCAGGCUGCAGAUCCUGUGAAGUUUAUGUGCCAGGCCUUUCAGGUGUCUUCAGUGGAGAAGCUGGAUCAAAUUCUAGCUUCUUGUCUGAUGCAGAAAAUGCCGACAGGAGGUUUCCAGGGCCUGCAUUGUGAUCAGUCUCCUGCUGGGGAGUGUAGCUCAGAGGACAUUCCUACUCUCCUGCAUUUUGCUGCCCAGCAUGGAUUGCGAGAUCUGGCCAGUGCUCUGCUGCAGUGUCCUGGAUCCCAGCAGGCCCUAAAGGUCUCCGACAGUCAUGGAUAUACACCACUGGAUCUUGCACAUGUACAUGAACACAAGGAGCUCUACAUCCUCCUACAGGAGUCAUUGGUAUUGGAUGACAAUGAUGGCAACAUUGACACCGGUGUAUAUGAGUUGAUGGGCAGAGCAGAUAAUCUUCGGGUGGCUUAUCCUAAUGAGGAACACCAAAACAGUGAAGAUGAGAAUGUCUAUACUCCUCUGGGUAAAGAUGAGGAAGAGUAUGACACCAUCUUAACAUCCAGCAGCUCUGUAGCAAUAGUGAACCGCCCCCCUGCACCGACCCCACGGCCUGAUUCACUUCCCACCCCAGAGGACAAGACUCCCUUCAUUGCACAAGUAUUCCAAAAGAAAAAGUCCCAAGGAGAUGCUGAAACACUAUACUCUCUUCCCACAAGACAGGCGAGGCAAAGGGAUAGCAUCUCGUCCACUUAUGACACCUUUGUGCCCAGUCAGCCACCAGGACUGGACGAGCUGAUCAGACUUCAGGAGGAGGUAAAGAUGGGCACUCUAAGUAUAGAUGAUGCUCUGGACCGAUUCAAUGACUGGCAAAGGCUUCAGAGAGGAACGGACAGUGUCCAACAGGAGAAAAUACAGCAACUGAGGGAAAGCAUCGUCAGCAACAGAGAGGAUGAUGAAAGUGUCUAUGAUAAAAUCAGCAUCAUUCAUCACACGCCAACUGCGUCUGCAAAUGAGUGUCGAAGAUCGAGCCAGCAACUGGACACAGAAUUCUACAGUAAACCUCUUAAAGGACAGAAUUUAUAUUUAUUCAGGAAGGCAGACAAGUAAAAUUAUCCUGUUUGAGGAAACACUGAAUGCUGCUCUGAAGAAAUGCACUAAACAGGAACUGAUACAUUGUAGUUAAUAUUAAAACAAUCUCACGGCAAUUUGUGUCUAAUUUGUAUGGAUGCGUACAAUCCCAAAUUCUUUAGGGUUAGGGGUGGAACGUCAUACUUUUUUUUUUUUUUUCCUAAAAAUCAUACGUUAUCAUAUGAAUCACUUCGUACAAAUUCAAAGUGUCACCAUGUAAAACAGUUGCAUUUUCUCAUGAGAUCGGGUUGGUUAAUAUCCAGUCUGUCAGACUCUUAGUCAUAUCCCACUGUGCACUAUUUUACUAUCCCACUAUUUGUUCUUUUUGUUUUUUUGUUUUUUUACUGAAUGCCUUAUAACAUUAAAGGUGAUUGAAUUAUCAAGGCUUUAAUAGCAUUAUAUAUAUAUAUAUAUAAGAUCUUUUUGUAGCCUUCACCACCACUGUUUACUUAAUAUUAUUUACACAAUAUAUUUAUAAUUUCUUUAAAAUGUUGUCAAAUUUAUAAUUUAUAUUCAAUAAAAAACAUUCAACUUUAGAUUCUACAAUUAUUAAUGAUGAGGAUCAUGUCUUUUUAAUGUUUUCUGUCUCAUGGUUUUAAAGAUAUUUUUGUUACAUUGCAUGUUCUGGUCCUAAGGGGGUGCUGUGCUACUAAGCAUAGCAAUCGGUGUUCCGGUAUACGCAGAUCUCUCAUAUUGUAUUGAUGGGCAUUUUGAUAGACAAAAACAAAGCCAUUGCACAUCCCAUUGUCCCAGUGGACCUCUCAGUACCAUACGGAUCACUGAUUGUAAGUAAGGACACAAACAAGCGUCUGGGAGAAAGCAACUACAGAAGUGAGGUCUUCCCACACGCCGCUUCAGUGUCAGGGGACACGGAUCUAAUGCGGAUCUGCGAUUCGAGGCAAAACCCCGGGAGCGGCGCUGCUAACCCGCUCUGCCUGCCAACCCUAGCAGCUGGACACAUUUGCAUUAUCAAUCAUGCUCUUUGUGAAUAAUAUGUAUUAAAGCCUUGCUGCUCCGCAGUGCUUGGAUGAGCCAGUUCUGCCUCCAGAGAUGAUUCGGCUCCUGCAGCCCUGGUGGCAUUUGUGCCGUGUGUUUGCCUGUCACCUGCUGCUCUGGGAAAGAGACAGGCUUUCUGAUCCACGGCUGGAUCAAGCUUUGACAUUCCUUCUUCAACUAUAAGAGCAUUCCAUUCAGUAUAAAAGAUGCCCCACCAGCCUGAACAGGAAAGGGAUGAACGCAGACCCUCCAUCUUGUAUGACAUUAGAUCUCAUUCAGUUCUCUUGCAAGAGAAAUAUCAAUCGGCAGCAUCUAAUCACCACUGUUAGUUGCCAAAAUAAAUAUGAUUAUUUAUACCGCUAGUCCUUGGCCUCUUAUGGAAAUUAACAUCAGGAGCUCUCACUUUUCUCAAGCUGGAAGAGAGAUGAUAAACCCUACACAAAGGAUUAAGUCUUCCCUGAAGUAUAGAGCUUUAUCAGGGGGAGUGAAGGGCAGGAUUAGGAUUCAAAUGCACCAACAAUACUCUCAUAAUACCACAAACUGAUAGAGAUCCAACCCAGCUGAGGCUCACUGUCGACUGCAAAACCGAUGGUAAACCCAGACCUUACCUCCGUCAUUUGUCAGCCAUUCCCUUUUUUAUGAUUUGUGAUUUGAUUUGAUUAACUAACCUUUCCAGAUGUCUGUGGUAAAAAAGCAAUUGCUAGUUUAUGUAAAAUCCUAGUUCCCGCAGUUUUUUGUGUAACAGAUGCCCAUGGGUCCACGAAAACAAUUGCACACAAAAAUGCACUCUAGUCCCUGUCCCUGGGAUUAAUACCCAGAAUUAUACACAGCUGCUUCCCCUUUGCACCCUAAUAAAAAUCAGGCAAUUUCACAGCCAGUGGCAUUCUUUCAUCCCAUAAUCCCCCUGCAUGUGUACAGUAUAUGUGACCCUCCUCAACAAGGGCCAAGGCCGCUGUCGGGGUACCUCCGGUUGGUAAGAAGAGCUUUGAUUUGGGGUUCCUGCCUGGGAAGAACCAAGCCGUUAAACGGAGUCCACAACAGCAGGAUCCCAACACUCUCAGCCCCCCAUUCUGCCUUUACGCUCACCAGCACAUCCAAAUGCAUUGAAAUGAGUCGCAUGGAACUACAUUUCCAGAGUUAAAGCAGGUUUCAAAUGAGACACAAACAGUGCACUGAUUCACACAGCUCUUAUUAGUGUAAAUGGCACUCUUCAUUAACAUGUUGCUAAUGGUUUGUCCUCUUAAUGCUGAGUGUUUGUAAUGCUAAGGACAAUGCAUGGAGUGAUUGCCAAUCAGCAGAUACAAGAGCCAGGUGUCCUCUGAGUGCGUUAGUCCCAACUGCUCCUCAACAGAUGUUUAACACAGGACUUUGCUGAAGUACUGGCAGAGAGAAAAUCAUCAAGAGUAAGGCACUGACCUAACUUUUCACUUGUCAUUCUAAUGCAAUGCGUAUAACAUACUUGAUAUUCCCAAACUCCCACAACUUGCUUGUUAUAAUAGCUAAGUUAUCAAGUGCCUGAGUCAUUUGUUACAGUAUGUAAAAGACCUACAAAUCUCCCUUUUAAAGCAAACUAAAGGUGCAUAAGUCUUACGCUUGGCAAAAUAAACACAGCAUUAAUCAAGCCUAAAAGAGGAGAAAUUAAAUCCCUGGGGCUAAAUGUGUUACCUGUUAGGAAACCUGAAAGAUCAAAUACAGCUGGGCACAACUGUCUCACCUCUUUCAAAAAAUAAUACCUAGCUAAAGAAGAAAAACAAGAUAACCAUCAAUUUACAUAUUCUGUAGAUAGAAGAUCACUGUGGGUCAAAUCUAUCUACAUUUCAAAUAUACAGAUUAAAAUAAUUCCGCUGCAAAACAGCAGGAAAGUAGUUGCAAAAAAUCUGUUGUGAUUUAAUCCCUCAACCUUUCCCCUGGGUGUUCCAGCUGGGCUUUUAAUCUCUGCCUGUGCUUCCUUUUGUAAACCUGUCGCAGGCACAGGAGAAGCAGGGACUAUCAUUCAGUAAGUCCCUCUCAAGCACUUUCUAAAAUGUCAGCGGCCCCCCAGUGGAACGUUUCAAUCCUCCAUCUCCUCUCUCGCCCUGGUUUUGGUGUUUUGGUGCCCCCUUCCAGAGCUACUCCAUUCCCCAAAGGGCAAAACAGCAUCUGGUGCAAGGGCAAAGGUACACAGGACAGCGCGGCCCCUGCCGACCCCUUGCCUGUCUGAUCAAGGGCCAAAAGAGACCCCUGGAGUGUGGCUGUACCCUUGAGUCUGUGGCUGAAAGCUUCUGUGCUGGAGCUUUGGGUAGAUUAGCAGCACUGUUCCCUAAUGCAGAGCCUUUGUGCAGCAGCGCCCAGGCGAGGCCAAGCUGUCCGCGGCCACAGGGAUGCAGUAAUUCCGCCGCAGGUCAGCAGCUCUGCAUUUUUAAGCAGCUCCUAAAAAGGUCACUUCCUCCGAGGCGAAGCCAGAACACUAUCUCUAUGGAAACCCGGUGACUUGCGUCCCCCACCAAAGUCGGCUCCCAGAUUGAAUCAAAGGCUACGAUGAUAAACAGGGAUGGCUAAAGGCUUUAUCUUUUAUUUGCGCUCCGCUUCUUCUAAGAGGGAGUUGAGUCUUUGAAGCUGAUGGUUGUGUUUUUGCAAGGAUGUUUUGACUGCUUGAUGUCCUCAUGAAGGGCUGUGGUGUGUUGGGGGAGGGUUGAUUUAUAUGUUUUUAUAAGAGUCUUAGUGAUUGAACAAAUACUGUAAAGCAUGAAAGGGUCGAUUGCAGAACAUAUUUAUUUUUAAUAAAUGCUUGGACCAUUUCCAGACCUUGUGGAUGUUGAAGUUCUGCAUGUAAUGAAUGUAGACUGAAAGUUUGCUUGGCUUUGUAAUAUUUAUACUCUUUCCGAGAGAGCUUACCCAUGCCAAAUGCCAAGGUGCUCCAGGCUCAUCUUAAAGCUAGGGUGUGCAGUUUCGCAGAGGCUAGCAAUAGCAAGCUAGCUUUGAAAACAAAAGAUCCUACCCUCCCUUCAGAGCGUUCUUCAAAGCCACGCCUCCUCCAAAAUACGUGCGCAGCCAGAGCAGAGUCUGCAAAGUGUCACAAAAAAGAAACGUCCUGUUGCAUUCUACAUGUUAUCACUUCUUUUUGAGUCUCUCCA